AUGGGAGGCUGCGUCGUCGAGAUGAGGGCGGAGCCAGCCAAUGAGCAGGGAGAGCCGAAGCGCACAGUGAAAACGAUGAGUACCCACCGGCGGCUCACUAUACAUGAGCAACGUCUACAAUCACGCUUCUCCUCAACUAUUCAUUCAAAUCUUCUUUUUCAAGCCAGACUUGCCUUUUUCUUGUUUUUGGAUCUCUCAGCCUUCUCUCAGAUGCUUCGUUGAAAAUUCGGGAGCAACUUUUCUGAUUUUUUUUCUUUUUUUUUCUAGUAUCUAUUCAUUUUCAAAUCGGAUUACCCCUGCAAAAAUCGACGUCACUAUCCAUAAUUUCAGCCUUUUUCAUUGCUUUGCGACUUUUGCGUGCCUUGAGGUCAUUAUAAGCAGAAAGACGAGAAAAAAUGCGCAGGCAUGAUCUUUUUAUUUAUAACAUACACAUAGUCGAUUGACGUUCUGAAAGUUUAUUAUGUAGUGUUUCCGCCCGAUUGGACUUCGUCAUUUAUUCAUGCCGGAUUUCUAUUCCAAAUCGAAUUUCAACAGAUUUAGCUCCGCCCUCAUGAAAGCCUUUUUUUCUCGUUUGGUAUUUCAAAAUCUUCAGAAUUUGAAGUGCAAUUUGCUGACUUUUUUUAGUUGAUUUAUUUUUGACUUUGAACAGAGCUUCUGUGGAGGCGGCGGCCCAUUGGGACGAGCGCAAUCAACCUCAACAUUCCCAAUUAGUCAUGAUUUUGAAGGCUCUCCCAAGUUGGAUUGGAUUUUGACAGGAAACCAAAAUUUUCUGAGCUUUUUCCACUUUUCUCAUGGAGAAGUUUACGAAAAAACAGAGAAAAUUUUGCUUACGCUUUUCGUCAAAUUUUUCUGUAUGAAUCGUACAAAAUCACAACUUUUUCUACAGUAGUUGGCUUGAUUUUUUCUCAUUAUCAAUAUUCAAGAAAAUGCUGCAUUUUUAGUGUUCAUCUUAUAAUUGUGUUUUUUGGCCACGUUCCCCUAGUAUGAAGUUUCCCGUUUCGCGACUCUCACACCUUGAAUUUCCGAUAUCACUCUCAAAAAAAUAGUUCUUUCAGUAAUGAGCGCCGCUUCAGAGCAGGCGAUGACCAAUGUCUACUCUGUAGAUGCUCUUUUAUCGCAAACCAAUAGAAACGGGAGAUUAGCGACAGGUUUGUAGUAGAAAAUCAUCGUAUAAAUGAUUUAAAUGUGAAGAAAGCGACAACGAAAAACCGACUGGAAGCAUGUCGGAAGAGACUUUGAUUUGCUGGCAGCGAAUGUCGGCGACGUUGGCUUUCCAGCAGAAGCUCAUGAUGCAGGGUAAGCUCGUUAGCGGAGGUUCCAACAAAAAAAAACCUAGAGAUUUUAGCGCUUUCACCGUUGCGACCACCCAUACCCUUGCAUUUGUUGCCGAACCUCACAAUGGGAUUUAUGGCCUCUCCAAUGAUUUGGCAAAAUCAAAUCAGGAACAUGGCGAUUAACCUCAUGGGCGUCAACGACAUCCCUUCUGGUUGGGAUAGAAAAAAAGGAGAAAAAGUGUGACAAAAAAUUUAGAUGUGAAACGUGAGCCGGACACUGCGAACGCCUCCCCAUCAUCCAAUUCGAGUCAAACUACAUACAACUGCCAAAAAUGUUCGAAAAAGUUCAAUUCACCCAACUCCUUAGAGGUUCUUAAAAAUGCGAGUUGCAACCCUAUUUAUUUUUCAUUCAGCAACAUCAGCAAGUCCACACCUGCGACAAGCAGUUCGAGUGCAAGCAAUGUGGAAAAACCUUCAAAAGGUUGAAAAUACAAAAAUCACGAUUCUCUAUCUUACUUUAAAGGUCCUCCACGUUGUCCACUCACCUUCUGAUCCAUUCCGAUACCAGGCCUUACCCAUGCGAGUACUGCGGAAAGAGGUUCCAUCAGAAGUCUGACAUGAAGAAACACACUUAUAUCCACACUGGUCCGUUCAGAAUCUAAAAAAAUUAUUUUUUCUUGAUUCUUUUUCAUGAUUCUUAAUUGAAUGAACGGCAAUUUUUUUCCGCAAAGUAGUUUGAACAAAUUUUUCUCAUGAGGAAUUUUCAAUUAAUUUGAUGGUUUGAUCCUACCGAACAAGCUGAUCUGAAACUCAAAAAAAAUCUCAUUACCAGAGUUUUUUUCAUAAAAAUCUUUUUAAAGUUAAAAUUGAAAGGAUGGUUUGAAAAAUAUGCUGAGAAAAAUAGUUCAUUGAGUUGGAAAUAAACUGAGAGACAUUUACUUUUUCAAGCUUAACGUGUUUGACUGAACGAAAAAAAGUUGCAGAUUUUUUUCAAAAGUAGAACGCAGAAAUUGAACAUUUCUGUACUUUUGAACCACGAAACGUAACAAAAAAUUUUUCAAAUUUUCCAAAUUUUUCCUGUAAUCUCCACAGUAACAGGGCAAGUAUCCGCUUUAUCGUUGACUGACUCAAAAAGAUUGAAUUUGAGUAUUCUCGGUUUUCCUAUCACCACCAAGUUGCGCCUAAAACCUAUCAUUCUCUCGAAAAAAAUUCAACUAGAACGCUUUCAAUUUCCAUGUUUUCCUAACACUCAGAAUAUCGCAAAUGCAAAAGUUGGAUCUUCUGCUUUGUCACUGAAUGCACUGGUAGUGAGUAUAUUGCUGCAUUCCUCAUGAUUGAUGAAUCAGAAGCGAUGAAAAGCCAUGACAGCCGUCAGGCAGAGGCACCAAGCAAUCCAAAUGAAUAUCCAAGCAAGCAUGGAUGCGCUUGCUUCUGCCCUGAGUGCGAUUUCGGGCAAUGGUCGUUCGGAUUGCGCAACGUGCAACCUCAACUGCGCAAUGUGAAACCGUUUUACAACACUUGUCGGAAAAAGGAAAAAAAACCGCUCUUCCAGAAAAAAAAUUUUCAAGGCCUUUCUUCUUGCAUCAUUUCGAAUUGAGAACAUCUGGAGUUCAACGAGAUCUAUAUAAUCAAGUUUGAAAAAUUUAGAAAAAAAUCUUCAGAAUCAGAUGUGGAAAUGCGAAAUAAUGCUCUUGUAAUAUUAUUUUUCAAAUUCGUGUGCUUUAAAUGAGUUUUUAAUGGUCAAAAAAAGGAAUAGCAAAAAAAUAAACUGGAUGCACAAUAAUUCUUACUUCUUUUUCAGGAAAUUUAAAGUACAAAAAAUGAUUUUUGGACAUUUUGGGAGUAUUUACUUCUGACCCAUUUUUUUCAUAUUUCAUCACAAAAUCCAUAUCGAAUUUCUGGCAGUGGAUAAUCGGGCUGGACCUGAAAAAAAUGUAUUGAAUUGAAUAAAAAAAUUUUUCCAGCUGAACCUGAUAAAAAAAUUAUUUCGAUUUUAAAAAAAUUUUAUAAUUUUUUUCCUUCUGUUUUUUUGUACUUCUAAGAAAAGUCAAAAAAAUCAAGUUUAUUCUUGAAAAAUCCAGGUUUAGCAAAAAUUGUUUGUAAUGAGUUAUAUUAGAGCAAAGGAAAUUAACAUGUCGACAUUCUCCUACUUCAUCCGCCGCUAAUUUUAAAGAGCAAGACCCUUGAAUUUUUCAUUUCUGCCAAAAAUGGACUGUCCUAACCAUUUCAUAUCAUCUUUCGAGUUUGCCGCUCCUCCAUUUUCUUUUCUUAAAAUGAGUUAGGCGAUUGCACAAAAUUCCAAAUUGACAACCAGAAGCCUUGGAUACCCAAUUGGUAACUUUUUUAAUUUGGCGCCGCCGAGAAUCUGACAGCACCCAGCCACCGCUCGUCUCUGAUUAAUUUUUGUUUGCUCCCUCCUCUACAACGGCCGAUGCACGCCACAUACAAGUUAUCCGUCUUCCGUGCCACACACACACACCCUGAUAGGAAUUUCGCGCGAUUAUUUGACACUAGAAAACAAAUUAAAUCCGCCCCAAAAAGCAAUCGUGAAGACCGAUAAAUUCUGGCCACGAUUUUUUUCCCCACCUAUCUCAUCUUCCUUCGGGUAAGCAUGCCACAUAGCGUUCGAUUAGGGAACUUGAAAAUUAUUUGAUGAACCUGAUGAAAAAAAAAUAUGAUUUACUAGGGAACGUUUUUUACCCCCCGGUUGAACUUUUGCUGAAACUUUGCCGAAGUGUUCUUUAAGACCUCCUGAUUCCAGAACAGGAAGAAAAUUUCUCGCAAUAGAUCUCGUUUUCGAGUUAGGACACUCCAAAAGCCCGAAAUAGCGCUUUUUUGGCCUAAUUUGCGUAUUUUGCACACUUUGAAGCUCAAUAACUCGGAAACAAGAUCUAUUGCGAAAAAUUUUUUUUCUUGAUCUGCAAUGAGGGGGUUCUAAAGUACACUUCAGCAAAUUUUCAGCAAAAGUUCAACCGGGGGGUAAAAAACGUUCCCUGGUUAGAGAACGGAUACCUUCAUCAGAACUUUUGAAGUUGUCUUUGAGGAUGUUUGAUGCCCUUUUAAAGAACAAUGCUCAGUUUCUUGACCCUUUUCCGAAUCUGAAGUCGCUUUAUUUUAUGAAUUCCCAUACAUAGUCGCUACACUGACGGUUUUUCCUCCCCUUUCCGUAAAGAAAAACACCAGCAGGGUUCUUGUAAAGUUUGGCUUUUACUUCGGAAAGUGCAAGAUUCGAAAAGAGUUAGCUACGUAAAAAUUAAGCUUUCUCCAAUAAAAAUUCUAUGAAAAAUGCAUUGGAUCACUCUCCCCUAGAUUUUUUUAGGAUUUUCGAAAAACUAAACCUUAGACUUUUUGCAGGAGAAAAGCCGCACAAGUGUACGGUCUGCGGCAAGGCUUUCAGUCAAUCGUCCAACCUGAUCACUCACACUAGGAAACACACUGGCUUCAAGGUAAAAUAAUUUUAUUCCACCUUAUUUCCAUCGAUAAAUAGUCACCUGAAUAAAAAAAAACCUUCCAGCCGUUUGCUUGCGACGUCUGCGGGAGGACAUUCCAGCGCAAGGUUGACCGACGGCGCCACCGCGAAACCCAUCAUCCUGGCCAGCCUGACGAGAGCGGUUUUUAUCAUCCAUUAAACUUGUUGAAAAUGUUUUUUGAUUCAGCAAGUCAGUUAUCGGUUGACAUGUCUUUGCGCGGCUACAUGACACCUCCGAAUAGUAGCUACGCCGAGCCUUCUGAAGACGUCCUCAAUGCUUUCAGGUAUCCUAUUUGCUUUGGAAAGUAUUUCCCAUGAAAGGCCUCAGAAAUGAAUUCAUGUCUGACUUUCAAAUAAUCAAAAUUUUGGCCUAUCAAUUAUGAUUUUUUUUAUUUGUGCAAGAAAACAAAAGAUUUUAAGUUGCUUUUUAAUUUUUAUGCCGCACAGAGCAAAAAAAGGUCGUGCGAGGGUUGGCCCGUCAGUUUAUCGUUUUCUGGUAAACUCCCAAGCCCGACUUAGCGUGGCCCAAGCAAGGUCUCAGUCAAAACGGCCGGCCCGAUUCAAAAAAAUUACGGAAUUUUUUUUCGAGUCAACUAUUGGAAUUUUUCAGAACAAAAAAACUACGCUUUCGGUUAUUUUUUUUAAUUUUAAAUCCAGCAGAAACUGUGAUUUAACCAAUGAAAAAGAACUUUUUUUAUUUAAAAAUUUUGCAAUUUUUUUGGUUAAGUUCAAAAACUUUCAUUUGAAGCCUGGACUUUGCCCGCGCGGGCUCAUUCGCAAAAAAGAGCUUUUGGGUCGGCCCAGCCCGGGACGCUGAGCCUAACGCCCAAGCCUGGUGCAAAACUCAGAAAUUAUCAAGUGCGCGAGAAUAAGUGUGCUCGACCAAUUUGCCGUUGUUAUCACGUCCUUUCUUGGAUUUAUGGCUUUUUUUGUAGUUUAUCACUGAUCAGUAUAAAGAGAAAAAAACACCUAGCUGAAAAAUUAUCGGUAAAAUAAUGAUUUUUUUCUUCUGCUCCAGGUUGCCCAACCAAAUGUUCACGUUGGCGGAACUCUUCAACAACGACGCUGGUUCAUCUGAUGGAGAACAAGCUCUGAAUCUAAGCCAAGAGUGUUGACUUGAUUAUGGGUUGGCUUUCGACAAGAAAAAACCAAAUUUGUACAGUACUAAGAAAAAUUUGCCUACUGUUUUUUUUUUGCUUUAAUAAAGACCACUGUUGAUUUCUAUAAGUCCCGCAAUAGUGUCAAAUAUGUAUGAACCGAUUCUCAGUGUUGUUCUGUCUGAAUUUAUUUGUUUUUUUUUAUUACUUCUACGACGCUUUUUUUGAAUACCUGGCGAUUGAAAGUAUUCUUAUGUAUUUUCUUAGUGAAAAACGCAACUGUAAAACCUUGGCGAUCGUAUAUAGUGACAUAUCUUCUCUUUCCAUUCAUUUGUAAAGAAAAAUAUUCCAUUUCACUCCGUGUUAUUUGGCUUUUCUUUGAGUUAUUUCAUCUAUCAGUUUCUGAAGUCUACAAAAAUCUAAAUUUUUGGUGUGUUGAUCGACUCUUGAUGUUACUCCAUGUUUCGGCAAAAAAAAAGGCUUUCAAGACUCAGAAACUGAAAAAAGGUGAAAGGACUUCUUUUGCAAUCUCUAUUCAUUAUAUAUUAUAUUCACAACGGUACGAUACAAAUUUCUUUCUUGUUAUCCGGUUUGCUGAAUAAAUUCUGAACGUUCAAAUAUACGGUAGCGCGCGCACUCAAAAACAUUCGUACCCCAGGGACAUACAAGGAUUCGAAAAGAUUAGAAGUGCGGAGACUCUCCGAAAGAAUAUUCGUUCUGCGUUUAUUGGCCCCGUGCUAAUGAAAAGCAUAACCUAAUCAUGCAAAGCGCCUCACGUUGGAUUUUAAAACAGCCUUCCCCUUUCAGCGACUUUUUUCCGAUUUUGCGGAAGCAGACGAAAAAUGUUUUUUAUAAUGAUUUUUGUUGGAAUGAUUUCAUAUAUGAGUGGAAAACGAAAAUAUAAUUUUAUUUCCAGAAAUCUACCUGUGACUGUAGAUAAAGUCGGAAGGACAUUCCAGCGCAAAGUUGACCGACGGCGCCACCGCGAAACCCAUCAUUCUGGCCAGCCCGACGAGAGCGGUUUUAUCAUCCAUUAAACUUGUUGAAAAUGUUUUUUGAUUCAGCAAGUCAGUUAUCGGUUGACAUGUCUUUGCGCGGCUACAUGACACCUCCGAAUAGUAGCUACGCCGAGCCUUCUGAAGACGUCCUCAAUGCUUUCAGGUAUCCUAUUUGCUUUGGAAAGUAUUUCUCAUGAAAGGCCUCAGAAAUGAAUUCAUGUCUGACUUUCAAAUAAUCAAAAUUUUGGCCUAUCAAUUAUGAUUUUUUUUUGUUUGAGCAAGAAAAAAUAAGAAAAAAAAUAAUUGAAGUUGCUCCAAUUUUUUAUGCUGUACAGAGCAAAAAAAGCCUGUGUGAUUGUUGGCCCGUCAGUUUAUCGUUUUCUGGUAAACUCCCAAGCCCGACCCAGCGUGUCCCAAGCAAGGUCUCAGUCAAAACGGCCAGCCCGAUUCAAAAAUUACGGAAUUUUUUCGAGUCAACUAUUAGAAUUUUCAGAACAAAAACUACGCUUUCGGUUAUUUUUUAAUUUCAAAUCCAGCAGAAACUGUGAUUUAACUAAUGAAAAGAACUUUUUAUUUAAAAUUUUGCAAUUUUUUUGGUUAAGUUCAAAACUUUCAUUUGAAGCCUGGACUUUGCCCGCGCGGGCUCAUUCGCAAAAAUGAACUUUGGGUCGGCCCAGCCCGGGACGCUGAGCCUAACGCUCAAGCCUGGUGCAAAAAAAAAAAGUUUCCUGAUUUAGCGAGUCAAUUAUCGGUUGACAUGUCUUUGCGCGGCUACAUGACACCUCCGAAUAGUAGCUACGCCGAGCCUUCUGAAGACGUCCUCAAUGCUUUCAGGUAUUCUAUUUGCUUUGGAAAGUAUUUCCCAUGAAAGGCCUCAGAAAUAAAUUCAAGUGCUACUUUCAAAUCAUCAAUAUUUCGGCUUUUGAAUUGCGUGUAUUUUCUUCACUCGAAGUGGUAGCUCUCUCAAUCGGCCGAGGCUACCCUAGAGUGUACACGGAGUCCGUGCCCGAGUCCCACCAUCUCCGCCGUGCCCGUACCCGCGGAACUGAGGGAUCUACUUGUGGAAGAGCGAGGAGACCGUAAGACCAUGCUUUCAAAUCAAUCGACUACACGUUUUGACUUCUUUUUAGCCAAAGGUGGUGUUAGUGCCGCUCAAAAAAGCAAUUUUUUCACCGUCUAGUCGAUACCAUCUGACUAAAACAACCAAUAAAUAUUGAUGAUUGAUUGAUGAUUGAUGAAAUUAUGAUUUUUUUGUUUGUGCAAGAAAACAAAAGAUUUUAAGUUGCUUUAAUUUUAUGCCGCACAGAGCAAAAAAAGGUCGUGCGAGGGUUGGCCCGUCAGUUUAUCGUUUUCUGGUAAACUCCCAAGCCCGACUUAGCGUGGCCCAAGCAAGGUCUCAGUCAAAACGGCCGGCCCGAUUCAAAAAUUACGGAAUUUUUUCGAGUCAACUAUUGGAAUUUUCAGAACAAAAACUACGCUUUCGGUUAUUUUUUAAUUUUAAAUCCAGCAGAAACUGUGAUUUAACCAAUGAAAAGAACUUUUUAUUUAAAAUUUUGCAAUUUUUUUGGUUAAGUUCAAAACUUUCAUUUGAAGCCUGGACUUUGCCCGCGCGGGCUCAUUCGCAAAAAAGAGCUUUGGGUCGGCCCAGCCCGGGACGCUGAGCCUAACGCCCAAGCCUGGUGCAAAACUCAGAAAUUAUCAAGUGCGCGAGAAUAAGUGUGCUCGACCAAUUUGCCGUUGUUAUCACGUCGACUACACUCCUUUCAUUUUGGCGUUUCCCGUUUAUGGAAAUAUUGCGAAAAAAAAACAGAAAACUGAUUUUUUUUUUCGAAACUAUAAUUUUUCUUCUGCUCCAGGUUGCCCAACCAAAUGUUCACGUUGGCGGAACUCUUCAACAACGACGCUGGUUCAUCUGAUGGAGAACAAGCUCUGAAUCUAAGCCAAGAGUGUUGACUUGAUUAUGGGUUGGCUUUCGACAAGAAAAAAACCAAAUUUGUACAGUACUAAGAAAAAUUUGCCUACUGUUUUUUUUUUUGCUUUAAUAAAGACCACUGUUGAUUUCUAUAAGUCCCGCAAUAGUGUCAAAUAUGUAUGAACCGAUUCUCAGUGUUGUUCUGUCUGAAUUUAUUUGUUUUUUAUAUUAUUUCUACGACGCUUUUUUGAAUAUAUGACAACUGACAAGGGAGGACAUUCUUUUGCGUUUGGGAAUUUCCUGAAAGUUGGCCGGAACACGUCUUGAUGUACUAGAUGAAGAACCUAAAUGUUUCAACCUGCACAACUUCCUAGUUUUUGAGUAAUAUAGGCCCCAUAAUAGCCUAUUUUAACGGAAUUCGAGAGUUUUCUUUGAUAAUAUGUAUUUUGCGGUUCUAGUGCACCUUUUCGCCCAUCCUCAAUUUUCUAAUUCUUAAGUCAUUUCAAGGCUUAUUUUCAUUGCUUUUGUGUCUUAACUCUUCAAAAAUGUGUCAUUUUAAACAAUUUUCAAAAAUGGUAAAAAGGUCGAAAUGCGCUACCUUAAAAAUGUUUUCGAAAUCCAGUGGUCGAGAUGGUCGAGGAAUGUGCGCUAGAACGGUGAAUAAAAAAAAUGCUGAAAAAUGACUACUCUGUAGAAAAACCUGAAACCAUUGACAAACAUUAACCUCGAAGAUUUCGUAAAAGUAAAGUCAUUAGUAGUGUAUUGAUCUGUACCGAAUGAUACAAGGAUUUAUCAAAAGACGAUAAAAAGUAAGAUAUAGAAGGAAAAUGGAGAAAAAAAGUAUAAAUUAAUUAAAUUAAGUCAUUUGGCGUUUUGUGAACACAGUGACUACAAUAAAAAUAAUCUAGAACAAAAAGAACUACAACAGAAUUGUGGCUUUUUUUAUUAGAUUAUAAACAACUUUCAAUUACGAAUACAAACAAUAUUCUCUUCCCAGUAAAUCCCAUAUUAAUAUAUAUAGUUUAUUCACUGCCGUUAUUUAACAGAAAAAAAAAUAAUAAUUGAAGAAUAAAUUAUCAAGUGAAGGAUAGGCAGGGAAAUAACAAUACACGGGAAAGAGUCAACGAGUUGAAGAACCGGCGUGAUGAUAAGUCUUCAUAUAGUAUGUUGUCUCCUCUCCAUUGCAAGUGACAAUCACUACAAUUCCAGCUCGACUACCGCCUUGUUUAGACUUAAAGUCGAUUUUAGCGUUGGGAUACUUCUGGGAAAAAAAUGUUGUAGCGCUUUGCUUUAACGCACUUUGCGUUCUGUCCACGAAUCUGAAAUAUGAAAAUUCUUAUUUCAUCAAUUUUUUUCAAACAGUUUGAAUUAACUAACAAACCUCAUCAUUGGACGGAUAGUAUCUCUCCACUGUGGACCAAAAGAGGCAUAAACGAUGAGAAAUCCAGAAUCUUCCAGCGCUUUUGAACAUGCGAUUGCUUGAUGAGCAAACUUUGUUCGCUCGGGCUUUGCAUUCUUCGUAUCAUUGAAAAGUUUACAAUACGCGAGGUAUUCACUCCAUGUACCCAGACGAGCGUGUUUCUAAAAAAAAUGAAAAUGUCAAAAUGGUGUAAAAAUAUUGGUUUGUUCCAUCUUUAAAUUUCACUAGCUGAUUUACAGUUGUCUCAUUAUCUGUCUGCCUUUGAGUUGUUAGCAAAUAUCACAAUGAGCCAGAAAGUUAAUUCUCUAGCUAUAUAAAUAAACAGUAAAUUCUAAUACAUAUAUAAGAAUUGUUUAACAUAAGUUUGGACCUCAAAAAAAUUAUUAAAUUUAUCCCCAAAACUACUUUGACAAUCAAAAAUAAAAUAUAAAAAAAUUCAACUUACUACUACAAGCUCUUCGCCUUCAAAAAAAUCUGCUGGAAAAGGGGAAGACCCCACACCAGACGACAGCUCCAUAUCACAAAACUUCCAACGGACAAGUUGAAAGAGUUCACCGUACCCUCGAGGAAGCUUUAUCUUCUUUUGUGAACAAUUUCCAAUCAGAUUGGGAUAGCUACCUGCAAGCAGUUGUCUUUGCUCUGAACACCCUACCAGGAGCUUCCACAAAACUUGCGCCGUUGCACGUCCUUUUUGGUCGUGAGCCUCGUCUGCCAGAAGACUCAACUUGGAAUACGAACGUUGGACUUUCUUUCAUCGACAAAGAAGAUUACGUUGAGUAUCUACAACUUCAAAUGAAGGAAGCCUGGAGUUUCGUCAAGGAAAAACUCCAAGAAACAUCGGAGAAACUCGCAAAGAGGUUCGACAACGCAAACAGAACAGUGCAAAGGAAGAUCGUCGCCGGCUCAACAAUUCUCGUCAAGAGAGCUUUGCCGAAAAACAAGCUUUCUCCAUUUUUGUUUGGCCCUUUUACCGUUGUAAAAGUCAAUGGUUCGAAUGUAGAGUACCUGGACCAUGGAAAAACAUUCGUGGCUCACAAAAAUGACGUUCGCCAGCUGAAAUCGAAGCCGCCAACGCCAGAAGAAAUUAUCGACAAGGACGUCGAAGAAGAAGAAGAAGAAGAAGACCCUGAAGAAGAAAAUAUAUUAGAAGAAGCCGAAAACCAACCGAACACAGCUUCACCUUCGUCGUUGCCGCAGUCUUCAACCACGAAUUCAGCCGCCAAAAAGCCGCCGAUUCGGAAGACUCGCAGCUCGACGGCCAAGCGACAGUCGCCGAAUUUUUCCGCUUCUCUCUCGCCGCCGUCGCCCGUAUCUACAAAGGACCGCACCGCCAGUUCGACACUCCAGUCGACUAGCAGUCCGUAGCAGUCCGGCCAGCAGUCGCCAAUCGUCGCCAGCAAGCCGCCCUCCAGCCCGUUCUACUACACGCCGAGCAGCAGCUCAGUCAACUACAAAGCCGAGAACCUGCCGAGGAGCAGGCACGCCGACGUCGCAGAGGUCGACUACUCGUGAUGCCGGACGUCAUCGUGAACCAAACAUUGAGAAGAGUGCGAAUCCAGUCCCAUCGAUGAAGACCGCCUUCGAAGAGCCACCCCGGAGGAUGACGAGCCUUGCAGCUCGAAGUGGAGCCGUCGUCGUCCAUCGCGGUUUGGACGACUAUAGUCUCUAA